ACGGUUCGAGCUUCGGUCGACUACGGACGUGUGUAUGUGAUAGAGUGAGUACAUUUUUGAAUCGGUGAAUAAAUAGAAAAGAGUCUUAAUUUUGAGACGGGCACCUAUUUGGAGUACCUUGUUUGUACAAAAAACCAGCAGAAUGCCCAAGCCCAAAGCUAAACGUAAGAAAAAAGAAUAAGGAGAUGGAGCAUCAAUAUCAUCGAUAAUAAUCAUCCGACUGCUCAGAAACCUAUUCUGCUUCCGGUGUCAGCAUUACUAAUCCCUCUGCAAUACCCACCUGGUCACAAAUGCCACCUCUCACUCAGCCUUGAUGACAUUGUACCACCUACUCCUAGUACUAAUACAAGCAAUGAGUAGCCGUCUUCAACCAGCAAAAGACUGUCAAGAUGAAGUUAAUCCCGCUUCCUCUAGCCUGGCACUCUGUGCUUACGCUCGUACUGUUCAUGGCGCUGUCACCGCUGCUCGCUCUCACCGUCUCCGCCGCAGCCCCGAAAGUGAAAAUCAUACCUUCCGGAGCCAAGAGCAUCUCUGGGUGUCGUGCGAGGCCUGUCUCUGUUGUCUUCAAUAGCAUCGUGAGCCGCGCAGCCAACGGCUCAACAGUGGCAUUUAAGCUGCAUCGUUUGACCAGCGAUCAAAAAUCGCUGGCAGUCGUUAGCAGCGAAGGCGUGAAGGCUUCAAGCAUUGGCGACUGCGCCCGAGCAGCGGCUGCCACAAGUGAUGCGUUCGAAUACGCCGACGGGACUUGUUCAUUGCUCAAAUUGAGGCCGCUUAGCUGUACGGUCGCCGGGGACAACUAUGUCUACGUCAGGGAGGGCUUCGUCGGGGACGUUGGAAAUAACACACUACAGGUCAACGGCUUGACCUACAAAGUGAUGUAUCUUAAGCCAAUAUAUCAGGCAUGGAUAGACGACGAGACAACCAUUUCGAGCGGUUUCUAUCCAACUGAAGAAGAUAUUGCUCUCCAUUUACCGGACGGAACAGUUAGAACUGGCGCCACCUCACAUCUGGACUUGGAGCGAUGCAUAUCUAACGACCCAAAAGGGAUAAUGGCUGUCAUGCUUCAGAGUUCAUAUGAAACUAAAGAUAAAUUCUAUUUCAUAAAGAGCAUGUGCGGAAUGAUCAACGUUUCCGUCGCACUGGACGACGUCUUCUUGUCGCAUGAAGGACUCGGAUGCACGCCGUUCCCGGCAAUGACGUCGGAAUGCGUCGUGACAUUGGACGUUCAGAACGAUGUUGAAAUGCAGGGAGUGCCGUACGACUUUGUUAGUGAGACGGGCGAUUGUGGCGGCCUCAGUGUAACUGUCACCCACCAUCGCUAUCUACAAAAUUAUACAUAUAGCAUGUGCACUGAAACGGGACUGUACGCACCAUACAACUUCACACCUACUGCACUGUCAGAACUUCAGAUCUCUGGAAGGGCCACAUCAGAUCGACAGCGAACAGGAUUUGCCAUAAGAAUCGUCGAAGGCGACGGUUAAAAAGACUCCAACUGCAACAUCAGAGGAUCGGAUGUGCCAUCAUGAUCAUUCUAACGCCAAGUUUAAAAUAAAUCCAGCUGCAAUGAGGUAAAAAUUUAAACAUUCACCACCGCAUACGACAAACUGUUCAGAAGACCAGUUUCCUUGAACAUGUUGAUUCCACGGAAGUAGUUUAGGCGAAUUUAUAAGUAAUUAAGUAAAUUGAUUUGUUGAAAAGCACAAAUGUCCAUCUGCAGUAAUCAAAGGCUUGAAUGUGAAACGUGAAUGGAAAUACCGCAGCAGGUAUUG